GCGCGCAGCCCGCGGCGGCCAUGUUUACUCAGGGCACAGAGGGUCCUCGCGGCCGCAGCGGCCGGGGUUGCGGUGGCCACUUUAGAUUCGGGCAAAGGCUUCGCUCUGUUCUGUUUCCGCCGUCCCGCUUCCUGCCGAGGCCGGCCAAGGCAGCCGCGUUCCAAAGGACGCCGCCGGGAGCUGCGGAGCACGCAUGGAGCGGCGGUGCUAAUGGCUGGUGUCUCACACUCUUGCCCUCUGAAGGUACGUGAAGUUGAAAGCCUGGAAUGGCUGGAAAGGGGUCAUCAGGCAGGCGGCCCCUGCUGCUGGGGCUGCUGGUGGCUGUAGCCACUGUCCACCUGGUCACCUGUCCCUACACCAAAGUGGAGGAGAGCUUCAACCUGCAGGCCACACAUGACCUGCUGUACCACUGGCGAGACCUGGAGCAGUACGACCAUCUUGAGUUCCCUGGAGUCGUCCCCAGGACGUUCCUCGGGCCAGUGGUGAUCGCAGCAUUCUCCAGCCCUGCGGUUUACGUGCUUUUGCUGUUAGAAAUGUCCAAGUUUUACUCUCAGCUAGUAGUUAGAGGAGUGCUUGGACUCGGCGUGAUUUUUGGACUCUGGACGUUACAAAAGGAAGUGAGACGGCAGUUUGGGGCCAUGGUGGCCACCAUGUUCUGCUGGGUGACAGCGGUGCAGUUCCACCUGAUGUUCUACUGCACGCGGACACUGCCCAACGUGCUGGCCCUGCCCGUAGUCCUGCUGGCCCUGGCAGCCUGGCUGCGGCACGAGUGGGCCCGCUUCAUCUGGCUGUCAGCCUUCACCGUCAUCGUGUUCAGGGCGGAGCUGUGCCUGUUCCUGGGCCUCCUGCUGCUGCUGGCCUUGGGCAACCGGAAGAUUUCUGUGGUCAGAGCCCUUCGCCACGCCAUCCCGGCGGGGACCCUCUGUUUAGGACUGACGGUUGCCGUGGAUUCUUAUUUUUGGCGGGAGCUCACGUGGCCAGAAGGAAAGGUGUUUUGGUACAACACUGUCCUGAACAAAAGCUCCAACUGGGGGACCUCCCCACUGCUGUGGUACUUCUACUCAGCCCUGCCCCGCGGCCUGGGCUGCAGCCUGCUCUUCGUCCCCCUGGGCUUGGUGGACAGAAGGACGCACGCACUGACGGUGCUGGCACUGGGCUUCGUGGCGCUCUACUCCCUCCUGCCGCACAAGGAGCUACGCUUCAUCAUCUAUGCCUUCCCUGCUCUCAACAUCACAGCUGCCAGAGGCUGCUCCUACCUGCUGAAUAACUAUAAAAAGUCUUGGCUGUACAAAGUGGGGUCUCUGCUUGUGAUCGGACACCUCGUGGUGAAUGCCGCCUACUCAGCCACGGCCCUGUACGUGUCGCAUUUCAACUACCCAGGUGGCAUCGCGAUGCAAAGGCUGCACCAGCUGGUGCCCCCCCAGACAGACGUCCUUCUGCAUAUUGACGUGGCAGCUGCCCAGACAGGCGUGUCUCGGUUUCUCCAAGUCAACAGUGCCUGGAGGUAUGACAAGAGGGAGGACGUGCAGCCGGGGGCGGGCAUGCUGGCGUACACACACAUCCUCAUGGAGGCGGCCCCUGGGCUCCUGGCCCUCUACAGGGACACACACCGGGUCCUGGCCAGCAUCGUGGGCACCACAGGUGUGAGUCUGAACCUGACCCAACUGCCCCCCUUCAACGUCCACCUGCAGACAAAACUGGUGCUUCUGGAGAGGCUCCCCCGGCCAUCCUGAGGGGGACCAAGUAGCCCCCAGCAGCCACAGGCCUUCCAGGAGCUGAGUGUUCUGGCACAGUUCCAACACAAUUAUGACAAUUCAGACAAGCAAGUCAAAGUACUGUGCACCUGCCUCUGACAGACACCAGAGCAGGGCCAGGGCCUCCACAGCCUCACCUGGGGCUCGCAGCACCAGAGAACAAGGGGCCCAGGUCUUGUUGGCACCCUGGGAACCUGCUGCCCAGGGUGAUGGUGGCCUGCUCAGGGCUGGUGGGCGACAGUCAUCUGUCAUCCAGGACCGGGUGCCAUUCAUGACUAAUGAGGAGCAGCGGGCUCACCUGGGCACCUGUCUGCCGGGAGGCCACGUGUGUCUUGGCGUGCCCACCCGGGAGAGCAGUAGUUUGGCAGCACCCCACGCCUGCUGCCAGAGGGCCUCUUGGGGCACCUAAGACAGCACCCCCUCUCAGGGGAGACCAUGGUGGCCCCUGCCGCCCCCUGACCUGCUGCCACCACUGCAACUUUUUUAUUCACAGGCAUCCCAUCUCCAUCACAGAUACAAUUUUAGGAGAUAAACACAUUCAAAAAGGAAGGAGAGAAAAAGAAUAAGGCAAUAAAUGUUGAUUGGAACCUCUCAAGAUUACAGAAAA